GUUAAGCCUGUGACGGAAGCAAGUUGGACCGACCACGUGUGCAAAAUAUGAAAAUCAUUUGUGCAGGAUUAUCAAAAACCGGCACCAAAUCGUUGGCAAAAGCGUUACGAAUCCUCGGAUUUGUGGUCCACGACUUUGAUGAACAUCUCAUGUGGUACAUGAGUGAAUACAUUCAAGCUCUAAAUGGCGACAUGCCGGACUUCUCUGCCAUGUACAGUGAGGUCGAUUCCGUCAUUGGGGUUCCAGCGUGUUUGCUCUGGAAGGAGCUAAGUCAAGCUUUCCCUGAUGCAAAGGUGGUACUGAUGGAGCGAGAUUCUKCCGAAAUGUGGGUCGAGUCAUGGAUCUCUACGGUUAAUGUAUUCAGAAGAGAAAUGAGUUCUCUUAAAAACAAACUUGCAAGUGCAUUGACUCCAACGGGUCGUAAACGGCGAGCGAUUGUGGGUCUUGUUGAUAGCAAAAUGUUCCCCGCUAAGGAUGGAGAGGUAUUGGCUAACAUAUACCUCGAACACAACGCGAGGGUUAAAGCUGCAAUCUCGUUUGAUAAGCUACUGGUCUACAACGUUAAGCAAGGUUGGGGGCCACUGUGUAAGUUUCUUGGCGUUCCUUUCCCGGAUGUGCCGUUUCCUCGCUUGAAUGUGAAAGAUCAAUUAAUUCCUCAUUUGGUGAAUUCCUCAGCAGUUUCGAAACGAAUGUCAAAUGAGCUUUUGGCUUUGUUUGUGAUUUCAGUUCUAUUGAUUGCCGCCAUUGUGGCUUUCUUGAUAAAUUUAUAAGCUGCUUAAA